UUCUCCAGAUCCAGAGCCGAAAACACAUUCGUCUUUGAUUAUUAAUUCAACAAGUUUGGUUGGGAAGCGAGUCUUGAACUUGAAAUUUCCUGCCACACUAACUUAUAAACUAAACAAAGAAAGAAUUGCAUUAGAUGAAGCUACUGCAGUUGGGGUUUCUUGUUGCGUUAGCAUCUGGACUUGCUGCUAUACUCAUCUUCAUCACUGGAGUUUCUACUUUAUAUUAUAAUAGGAUUUCAGAUGAAGAUUAUGAAGCAUUGGAAUCUCUACAGAUUGGUUUCCAGAAGUGUGUGAGUGCAAAUGGAUUAGGUUUACAAGCUGUGAGUGAUAAAGAUUACUGCCAUGUAACAAUUAAAUUUCCUAGUGAUACUGUCCCCAAAUGGAAAGAUCCUAAAACUGGGGAACUCGAUGGUUUAUCAUUUGACUUUAAUCUUUGUGAAGCUGUAGCUACAUGGGAACGGGUGCGUAACAGUACCACAAUUCUCACCAAGGAGUUCAUUGAUGCUUUGCCGAAUGGCUGGGAGGAAUAUGCGUGGCGUAGAAUUAAUAAAGGAGUACUUCUCAACCGCUGUCAGAAUAAAACUUUAUGCAUGGAGAAACUUUCACUGGUACUUCCUGAAACUCCACCAUAUUUUCCCCGGCAGUUUGGCCGCUGUGCUGUUAUUGGUAACUCAGGAGAUCUUUUGAAAACAAGGUUUGGGAAGGAGAUAGAUGGUUAUGAUGCUGUUAUUAGAGAAAAUGGAGCCCCCAUCCAGAACUAUUCAGACCAUGUGGGCAAGAAAAGUACAUUUCGUCUUCUCAAUAGGGGAUCUGCUAAAGCUCUUGAUAAAGUUGUGGAGUUAGAUGAAGCAAGGAAGGAGGUCCUGAUAGUUAAAACCACUAUUCAUGACAUCAUGAGCAAGAUGAUACGGGAAAUUCCUAUUAAAAAUCCUGUAUAUCUCAUGCUAGGUGCAUCCUUUGGUUCAGCAGCAAAGGGAACUGGGCUCAAGGCUCUUGAAUUUGCUCUCUCUAUAUGUGAUUCGGUAGAUAUGUACGGUUUCACUGUGGAUCCAGGAUAUAAAGAAUGGACAAGGUAUUUCUCUGAAUCUCGACAGGGUCAUACACCUCUGCAUGGUAGGGCUUACUACCAGAUGAUGGAGUGUUUGGGUCUUAUCAAAAUACAUUCUCCCAUGCGAGCUGAUCCUAACCGUGUUGUGAAGUGGGUACCAAGCCGUGGACUGAUUAGAGCUGCUCGAGUAGCAUCUGAGAAAUUGUUGAGGUAAGUCAUCUUUUUUUAUUUAUAUCAUGCAGUUGUUAUGCCUCAGUCAAAAUUGCAAUUCUAAGUGAUUUCUUGACUCGUGUUUGUUUUUAAGUUUCUUACCAGCAAAAAUAGUUGAGAUUCCUGUUUAUGGUUUAUGUGGUUUAAGUCAGCUGGCCUUGUUUUAGGUUGUGUGGAACAGUUUUGAGUAAAUUGAUUAUAUCAAUCAUUUAAUAUUAAUAGAAUUGAACAAAAGGGUGAAAGUAAAAAGGAGAAAAAUUGUCCAUGGUGACCAGAAAAUGCACGCUUUCCCAUCUUGAUUUUU